AUGUCUUCUGGAACGGUAUCGGGGAUUCAGGGCCAACCUUUGGAGGUUACCGUCGUCUCUUGCUCCAAAUUGAAGGAUACCGAAUGGAUUUCAAGACAAGAUCCCUACGUUUGUCUUGAAUACGCUUCCACCAAAUUCCGAACAAGAACCUGCACAGAUGGUGGAAAACAUCCGGUGUUUCAAGAGAAGUUCGUCGUGCCGCUGAUUGAAGGUCUCCGCGAACUCACUGUUGUCGUUUGGAACAGCAAUACUCUCACAUUCGAUGAUUUUAUCGGCACCGGAAAGGUUCAAUUGAACAAGGUUCUGUCUCAAGGUUUUGACGACUCUUGUUGGCCACUUCAAACAAAAUCUGGCAGACACGCAGGCGAAAUAAAGCUUAUAUUGCAUUAUGCAAACGCCAGACUAAAUCAACAGAAACUAGGCUCCUCCUCAACCCAUACUCCUACUUCCUAUGGAGCACCUCCCACACCUCCAUCUUACUACCCACAACAACAACAGCCAUCAUACUCCAAUUAUCACCAUCCAACACCUCCUUCUGCUCUUGCUUAUCCACAGCACCCUUAUCCGACUCCUCCUCCUGCUGCUUCCCAUAAUUCAUAUCACUAUCCAUCAAUGCCAUCUCCUUAUCCACCACCCUCAUCCUCACCAUACCCCCCUCCUCCACCCUCAUCCUCACCAUACCCCCCUCCUCCCCACUCUGCUUAUCCACCGCCUUCCUACCCUCCGCCUGCAACUUAUCCUCCAAAUCCUGGAAUGUACCCUCCACCACCAUACUGA